UAGGAUUGCAUCCUUCGUCGGGGACUGGGAGAUCCAUAGCUACUCUGGAGCCAAGAUCAGCCACAUCAGACAGAUACUCCAGAACUACAUGGGUCCUGCACCAGAGGAAUUAGUGAUACACGUCGGGCUCAACAACAGGGAGGAAAGUGGACCAAGGAUACACGAGCAGAUGCUAGAUCUACUCAAGGUGACCAGAGCAGCUUUCCCAACAACCAAGCUCUUCGCCACACAGAUCCCCACUUCUUCCCGACUCCGACAAGAAAAUCCGAUCGCCUACCAAAACAUCACCAGCUACAACCAACUGAUCUCCACUGCACCUUCACCAAACGACACCACAUUACCAACCUUCAAGGGCAAAAUAGAACUGAAAGGUAACGACGCAAUCCACUGGAGCCCAGACACGGCCAGAGAGAUCAUCAACUGCUGGAUGAGGAAUUUAAACUAGGAUUAGGGAAAAGGAAUGAGAAGCCGUCUUUAGGACAGACAGUUGUCAAUUUGAGCGACAGACUUCUCAACCCCCUAGAAAUGGACAUUCUUGAUAAAGGCCUUAAAUUCAUCCCAACCCCCACAAUAACAUCCAUAGACCCCAUCACCCAGGCAACCGAUCGCUUCCAAAGAACACUUUCGUUGACUUAUUUUUUUAGGAACAAACCCGGCAGAGGUAAAAAAUUAUUCACAGUAAAAUCCACAUGGAAACCACCUAAAAAGUCAUUAUCAACAGCCAUCCUAAAAACUUUCGACGAAAUGAAUAUAGAAAUAUCAUCCAUUCAACCACAGUCACAAAAACCAAAUCUCAACCGAGCAACUAAAACGGCAUUAAACACCCUUAAAAAGGACAAAAACAUAAUAAUUAAGAAAAGCGACAAAGGCUCGUGUUGUGUCAUAAUGAAUCGUGCAGACUAUAUCUCAGAGGCAGAAAAACAAUUCAGUAAUCCUAUACAUUACACUAAAUUAGACCAACCCAUCUUUAAGGACACCGCAAAUUUAAUAAACAACAUCUUAUAUGAAUUGCAGGAUAGGGAAUACAUAACAGCAAAACAAUAUGAUUAUCUAUCUGCUAAAUCUGACUGCCGACAAAGACAUCUCUAUACACUACCAAAAAUACAUAAAAAUCCAGAAACAGAAUGGUUUAUACCUAAUAAAAUACCCAAGGGACGCCCAAUAAUAUCAGACUGUGGCAGCGAAUCAUACAACGUAUCACAAUAUAUAGACCAUUUCUUAUUACCCCUAGCAUGCCAACACCCAUCCUACCUUAAAGACACUAACGAUUUCAUUCAGAAAAUCAAACAGUUAAGAGUCCCCGAACACACCGUUUUAAUAUUCAUCGACGUACAAAGCAUGUACACGAACAUUGAUAAUAACACAGGUAUUGAAGCAGUUAGGAAAGCAUUUUUUAGGAACCCGCAAGCAUCCAGACCGGACGAAGAAAUCCUCAAACUACUCAACAUUUGUCUGAGGAGGAAUGACUUCGCUUUUAACGACCAAGUAUACCUUCAGUCUUCCGGAACUGCGAUGGGAAAACGAUUUGCCCCGAGUUAUGCAAAUCUCUUCAUGGCGGAGUGGGAAAGGGAAGUUCUGCCACUCUGUCCAUUAAAACCAGAUUUCUAUGGGCGGUUUUUAGAUGACGUUUUCAUAGUCUGGACCUACACACUAGACGAAUUUUGGACGUUUUUCAACAUUCUGAACAAUCAUCAUCCAUCUGUCAAAUUAACCGCAAAUGUAAGCCAUAACAGCAUAGAUUUCCUUGAUACUACCGUUUUUAAAAGUAACAACACCAAAAUCACAGGCCAAUUGGAAACUAAAGUAUUUUUCAAAGAAACCGACACACAUCAAUUAUUGUUCAAAAGCUCCUUUCACCCAAAACAUACAUUCUCUGGCAUCAUAAAAUCUCAGAUUCUCCGUUUUCAUAGGAUAUGUACUCAACAGACCGACUUUGAGUCAGCAUGUACAUUGGUAUUUAGCAAACUACGGGAAAGGGGAUACUCCAAACGCUAUCUACGACGUAUAAAAAACAACACUCUAGCUGAGCUUGCCGCCAAAGAAACAAAUAAUAUACAAUCAGCACAUAAAACCAAAAUUUGUGGCCAUCCAAGAUGUCAAACAUGCAAAAUCUUAAACAUAUCCCACCAUUUCCAUAACAAAACAUCUGGCACAAAAUUCCCAAUAUUAGACCAACUUUCAUGCAGUAGUUCAAACAUAAUUUAUCUAAUCUCAUGCAGAAAAUGUGACAAGCAAUACGUAGGGGAGACUCAAAAUGCACUUAGGGAAAGAAUUAACGGUCACCGGUCUGACAUAGUCACCAAAAAAGACAAACCUGUCUCAAUUCAUUUCAACCAACCAAAUCAUGACAUUUCAGAUCUCAUUGUCACGCCAAUAGAAAAGACCAAGAGCGACUUUGAAACUUCAGAAGAAAUUAAAACGUUUAGGCUAACAAGAGAAAAAUUCUGGAUUGACAAAUUGAAAACAACAGCCCCCCCUAGGUUUGAAUAUUCAUACGGCUAGCGCAAUAGCUCCUUUUGUAGUUCCAUUUAGCGCAACAGCAGAAAGUGCGUCCAAAAUCAUCAGAAAACACUAUACUGAUCUCCAAGAAAAUCACCCGAAAAUAUUCACACAGAAACUUAUAAUUGCAUAUUCUAAAAAUAAAAAUCUGAACGACAUCCUAGUGCACAGUAGUUUCCACCCUGACCCAAAACAAACCAUAUAUCAAAUCCUAUGCCUAACCGUUAGUAAUUAAAAUCAAUUAGAUAUAAGAAUCCCUAGCCGUAACCCGGUGAUGUGGAACAAACACGAUUUUUUUAGAAAAUCCAAUCCGUUGUAGGAAACACACUAAUGUGGCUCUCUCCCGAGAGCCUCAAAUUUAUUUUCUUUUUUCUUCAGAAACAAUAAUACCAGAAUACCAGAAGCACCACCCAAGGAAGACCAUCAGCGCCACCAACACCAAUAAACAGUGAAAUCGCCUUUGUAUAUAAAUCUAAUGUAUUGUGCCAGGGCAAUGUUUCAUAGAGUGGAAUGAUUGACCUCAACACAAGUAUUAAAAAAAAAAGAAGCAAAACAGACAGAGAAGAAAACUACGAUUUGGAGGUGUUCCAAAAAAAGCGGACCAACACGAUGUCCGGCAACAGUAAUCCAAGAUGGUGAUACAUACCAACCAGGCUUAAAGAACCAUCUUCACCCAGCAGAACCCGGUAUACACACGGCUACCAAGAUAAAAGUUACAGCAAAGCAUGAAGCCAAAGGAAAUGUUUUUACCAAGUCAUGUUCCUCAAUAGCGGAGAGAGUUUUAUCCAGUGUCGGUUCUGCAGAAGAACCCAUUCAUAGCAGACCACCCAUGGCAGCACUUGUAAGGUCGCUACAAAGAACCCGACAGACUCUGCGACCAAAAGAUCCCACUGACGUGUCGUCAAGCCUUGACGAAGAUUUCAUCGAUCAUAGUGCACCGGGAUUUUAUCAAAAAAGAGUAAAAGUUGGGGAAAGGCGCCAUCACAUUUUUUGUACUGAUAGACAGAUGCAACUACUCGCACGCGCAAAAACUUGGUAUAUGGAUGCAACUUUUCGGGUGGUGAACAAGCCAUGGUCUCAGCUGUUUUCCAUCCACGCCUUCAUUAAGACUGGAGAGACCACCCGACAGUUACCAUUGGUGUUUUGUGUAAUGUCGGGUAAAAGCCAAGACGACUAUUAUAAGGUCAUUUUCAAAUAAAUUCAUCAGCAUAUUAUUCGUUUUAAAUAAAUAUAAAACUUUUAUGAGAAACGAUGAUUAUCAAAGAACCUCAGUGAUGAUAUGUGACUCUUUCCACCUUCCAGCAAUAAUUAUUGAGAAUUUACCAAGGACUCCAUUGGCAUUGAAUCGAAGAAAAACAGUUUCAAUAUUGGAUGUAUAUGCAAAUCACCCAGAAAAAGAUCAUGUAAUAACAAAAGAAAUUAUAAAAGAAAAAAAUGGAAGAAGAAAUGGCUGGAAAAAAUGAUGAUGGAGCAGCUUUUUCUUGUUACCCACCUCGGAAGAUCAAGUUGGAAAGGGCUAUUGAUAUUGUGGAGACGUUUUCUCACAGAUCUUGCUUAUCAGACAAAGACUAUGCUGGAACACCAUUGAAAGAGUAUUUGCUGUAUGAUAACAACAAGAAAACCCAAGCAUCAAUUUAUUUUAUACUUCUGGGAAAGAAUGCAUUUGACCCAAUUUUUAAAUAUUUAUUUUUUGUUAUUAAUGUUAAAUUUUCUUCCAAAACACAAUUAGAUUUUAAUUCUCUUCAGAAAUGUAUGUAUAAUAUAGCAAGUAAAGUGGCAUAUAAAUCACUUAGAAUUUGGUCAGAAAUCAUAAAGUAUUUAAUAGGCAUUACUAGAAACCAAAUGUAGAUCAAAUACA